AUGAGUCCGGGUAUAACCACCGCAGAAGAUGCAGUGCUCAGCUCCUCACUACACAAUAUUUCCUAUUGCCGAGUUACUGGCUCUGUUGCAUAUGAUCAUAGCAACCACCUUGUCGAAUUUGAGCUGUGGCUGCCUUCUCGCGACUCGUACAAUGGACGCUUUAUGGUCGUAGGAAACGGUGGCUUUGCUGGGGUGAUUGACACGGAUCAGAUGGCCUCGCAAUUGAAGCAGGGAUUUGCAGUAGCAGGCGGCGAUUCCGGCCAUCGACUAUUAGAUAAUGGGGUUGGUGGUUCAGGCUCCUAUAUCCCAUUUCUCAAUAACAUAGAAGAAACAAAGGCAUGGAUCCAUGAAUCCAUUGCAAUCAUCACCGAACCGACUCGCAAAAUCGCUACUUCAUUUUACAAUGACCCUCCCAGUCACAGUUACUAUCAUGGCUGUUCUACUGGAGGGGCGCAAGGCUUUGCAUUGGCUCAAUUCCAUCCUCAUCUCUUUGAUGGUAUCUAUGCUGGGUCUCCUGGAAACUGGUACUCCCAUCUCAUGCUUUCCUUCUUAUGGAACGGGCAACAUGCAAAGGGAGAUGCAUUUAUUGAUCAAGCUACUCUUAACGCAACCACCGAAGCGAUUCUCGAUGCCUGCGAUGAGCUUGACGGAGUCAAGGAUCGACUAAUUGAGAACCCACUUCGUUGCAAUUUUGACCUUGACUCUCUGGUCUGUUUGACACACACUAGCUCAUCCAAAGGAUAUGAUACCUGCUUGGGCCCUAAGCAAUUGGAAGCACUCAAGGCCAUCUAUGCCGGACCAAUGGACAAGAGGACUAACACAACCGUCUACCCCGGGUUUAGUCUGGGCUCAGAAAGAGAGUUGCUAGCGCAGGAAACCUUACUCUAUAAGGCCUAUGCUGCGCCACUUCUACAGAAUCUUAUAUUUCACAAUCUUUCUUAUGACAUCGAUACUUUCAGCUUUGAGCGUGACGUUGCACAGGUCGAUGCGAUAGCUGGCCCGCUUAUCGACGAGAUUGGAGUAGAUCUCGGUGCUUUCCAACGCCGCGGUGGGAAAAUGGUUGUCACGCAAGGCUGGACUGAUCCUCUCAAUGCGGCAACCUGGCCCAUCCAGCACCUUGAACAGCUUCAAAAAUCUAGUACCAAGAGUACUGUCGCCAGCUUCUUCAACUUAUAUAUGAUACCCGGCGGCGGCCAUUGCGGUGCGGCAAGCUCAUACCCUUAUGUACCGGCUACAUACCAUGUCGAGGAUGCACUUGUCGCGUGGGUAGAGAAUAAGAUCUUCCCCGACUCCAUUUUAUCGUCAACUCCACCUGAUGGGUCAUCACGGACGCGCAAGCUCUGCCCUUGGCCGAAGGUAGCGAAGAUACGGAACCAAGCAUACCCUGAUGUAGCUGAUAGCUAUGACUGUGUACAUGACUGA